CUAUAAACCAAACACAAAUAUAUAUUCCAAUUAGAACCUUAAUUGGGAGACAUGGGGAACAACGAGCAUCUUGAGUAUGUGUUUGUGCCAUUGGGAUUAUUGGUGUUCUUUUUGUACCAUGCUUGGCUUCUCUUCACUAUUCUUCGUGAACCUCAUCGAACUGUCAUUGGCUUAAACGCUGAGUCUCGUAUUCAAUGGGUUCAUGCUAUGAUGAGUGAUCCCUCCAAGAACGGUGUUUUGGCGAUCCAAACAAUCCGCAACAAUAUCAUGGCGUCUACUCUUCUUUCUACAACAGCUAUCACACUAAGUUCACUUAUUGGAAUUUUUGCUAGCAGUUCGUGGAGUUCUGAUGAUACAUCAUCUUCCAUACUUCAAAGUACUUCUUCAAUCAAACACAUUUCGAUUACCAUCUGCUUCCUUGUUGCAUUUUUAUGCAAUGUUCAGUCUAUAAGAUGCUAUUGUCAUGUCAGCUUUUUAAUCAACGCGCCAACACUCAGAGAUAAAAAGGCAUAUAUGGAAUAUAUUGCUAAGACAUUGAAUCGCGCUAGUUACUCCUGGUCCCUUGGAUUGCGAGCAUUUUACUUAUCAUUUCCUCUCUUCCUAUGGAUUUAUGGGCCUAUACCAAUGUUUGCUUGUUGCUGUUUGACAUCAUUCAGUUUGUACUUUUUGGAUACAACAACUAGAAUCACAAGGGAUCUUCAUAGUGACUCAUUCAGAAAGGAGAGUGAUGAUGUAGAAUCUGCAGUGGAGGCUGAUUAUUAUCCUCUAGCUGGCAACAGUUUAGCUCAAAAUGCAGCUGUAGAUAAUGUAUAAUUGAUGUAUAUUCGUAGCAAUUACAGUUUUGGAUGAUUCUGUUAAUAAGUAUAUGAACAUAUGCCUUGGAUGUUGGAAUGAUUCGAUGAGAGUGAAUUUCAGUUUCUUGUCAAUGUCUGUAGAAUUCAUUUAAAGGUGUCCUUGCAUUUAUUGUAAGUCACCCAAUCAUGUUGGCUGUACCUUCUAUGUCUGUAAAAAUAAUAGUGUUUGAUGAUGAAAAUAAGAAGAAAAAUACAUUUUUCUUA